GUCCUCCUUCACGUCGCUUCGGAGGGUUCGUGCUGCUUGAGUGACACGGAGCUCUGCCUCCUGCGCUGCGGGGUGCUGGGCUGGGGCGGCGACUCCUUUGAUAAUGAUGUCAUGAUCUAGUGAUGUAAUGUUGAAGUCACAGCGCUAUCGCAGUUGUUUUAAUCUCUCGCCCGGUCUCAGGGAUAUUAUACUAUCCCGAAUCGAUGACGUGAAAGUGCCGGGGAGUCGGAAGUGUGUCAGAAUCUGAGGGGGGGGUCACACGGCCAUGCGAAGGAAACCGAGAACGGAAUACAAACUUAUCAUUGGGAUCUGAGCCUCUUAUUUAUUUAUGUUUGGGUUCUGCAGAAUUAGCCUCGUCUUCACGUGUUCGGCGGAGGAGGAGAGAAGCACGGAACCGAACCUGAAGCCAAGACCCGGCAGGCAGCCUGGCCGCCUCGCUUCGUGAAGAGAGAGAGUGUUUUUCAUCUCAGUUAUUUGCGGAUCAUCUCAGGUGUCUGUCCCGGGUGAUUAUAAGGCACGAUGCUCAUGGGGUGAUAUUGGUGCUCCUGCGGGACAGUCUAAUAAAACUCAGAGAGGAAUAAUAAUAAUAAUAAUAAUAAUAAUAAUAAUAAUAAUAAUAAUGAUAAAAUAGAAAGUGGAUUUUUUUUUCUGGAUGCUGCUGCUGUGUUGAAGCCCGGUAUAUAUUGUGCUGCGUUUGCACUUCUGUGAAAUGCUUGUUUCUGUGUUUGUGCUCAUGUCCCGCCCGGCGCGUUUUCACGGGCCCGUUGAUCUCCCGUGUUUUCUCGCAGCUCGUUCUGCGCUGCUCGGGUUGGACCCGGGAUUGCGAAUGCAGGCGUGACGUCAAUAACAGCGUAUUGCAGCGUCUCAGUCAUUUGAAACAAGGCUUUCUAUAGAGCAGGCAUAGCUGACAGAGCCGAUUCGUGUGUCUGUUUUCUCUUCUCUCUCUCUCGAUAACUGUAUUAUUAUUAUUCGUGAUCUGAUUGCUAUGAUGGUUAUUAACAGUCAUUGGAAUUAACCAGUAAAAUAAACCCAGAGAGGAACACAGAGCCGCCCAGCUUGAGAAAAGUCGGAUUUUACACAAUUGCAACUUAACUGUGUACCGUGCUUGAAGACAAUUAAAAAAAACAACAAAAAAACUCUUUCAUUUUUAUCUGGGUAAAGCAGGAGGAUAUAGCGAAUAAUACAAGAAGAGUAGACAAUUUAUUAUUAUUAUUAUUAUUAUUAUUAUUAUUUAUUAUUAUUAUUAUUGUUAUUAUUAGUAUUAUUAUUAUUAUUAUUUGUUGUGUUGUAACUGGAUAUUUGACUGUAAUGACCUCUGAAGCUGGGUUCGGAUCGGAUAUCUGCACGAUCAAUAAUAUCCGGCAUUUUUAAAUUACCAGCCUUAUUGCAUUCGAGUCCAUAGUGUGAAAAUUAGGGGUCGGGUGGAAAUAGCCGGUUGAUUGAGAAAGCGUUGACUAGCUGGGUCCUAACAGCAGAGAGUGGGAUUCCGAUCCACGUGGAUUUAUUAAUUUAUAAAUUAAACACUCUUUCUACACUUUUGGUUCGAUCUCCUGACGCAAAUCUCGCUGGCUGUUUUGCAAGCCCGGCUGAAUGACAGAGAGGCGCAACUUAUCAGCUUUAUCAAUGUAACCCUGCCGCGACCCGCCGCGUGGUGUGAGGCGCCUGCACGGAGCUGUGCAUUCUGUACAGAAUUAUUAUUAUUAUUAUUAUUAUUAUUAAUCGCGAUACACUAUUUCACACGAAACGUUUUCUGCAGUAUAUAGUGAUUCGGGAAGUUUUGCAUGGCAACACAAUGGUUUUAUAAAAUAAAAAAGUGCUACAAAAUAUAAACAUUUAACACUGUUUGUUUUAACCCGAGUGGUUAUUGGCUAUUUCAAUUCGCUUUUACAGCGUGCGCUGGUGCAAACCGUGAACCCUGCAGCUCAGCACGCCGCGUCACCGUGCAGACUCGGGAGACACGGACAGGCUCUAUAAAUAACGCCGAGGCAGAGACACGGGUCCUGAAAGUGGGUGUUUUCACUCACACACACUCGCAAAGCAGCGUCGCGUUGCGCUUCACGAACGGGUGCUUUUGUAAAAGCUGGUUCAGCAGUGUAAUUAUCAUUCUGAAUUCCCAAGAGCAACACCCCUCUCCCCUUUCAAAUUCAAAACCGUUGCGCUAAAUCUAGAAAGCUUUUUUUCUGUUACCGGUUUGAAAAUGAUCCUGAAGAUUCUCAUUGAGUUCUGACCGGGUUCUGAUGAUACCAGACAGACCCCUUUUUAAAAAAAAAAAAAAGUUUGGCUUGGUUCUGGAAUGUUCAGACUUGACCGUGUUCUGAUGAAUCGGACUUCUGGAGGUUCUGGAUGAGUUCUCCUGGCUCUGGGAUCCGGGCUUGGACCUGCUUCUGAACGAUUUUUGAGUUUGGUUCUGAGAAUCCGAACUCUGAACCAGACUGGAAAGCUCUGGACUGAAACGCUGUGAUUUCUGGAGCUGGGUUCUGAAGGACUGGACUUGCUUCUGUGACCCUGAAAGGUUAAUGUGGCCGUUACCGACAGAACUGUAAAGACUGUUCACAAAUUUCACUCUUGGACGUUUCCAGCUGAUUUUUGUCUCCCUUAAAAAAAAAAAAAAAAGGUUUGAACAGCAGUCCUGAAGGCUUUUGGACCUCCCCUUUGAAACCCGAGACUGUGUGAAGUGUCUGGACCCGGCUCCCCGGCGCCGCUCUCUUCCUGGAUCCCCCCCACCCUCUCCCUGUGCCCUGUCAUGCCCUCCCCCUCUCUCUCCCCUCACUCUCUGAGCCCCGGGCUCUCUCUCUCCCGCAGUGUUUCCCAGCUCGGGGCUCAGCGAGCUCGCACCCAGCUGCUCCUGGCGCUGGGUGUGGUGCAGAUGGGUCUGGGCUCCAUGAUCGUGGCGGUCAGCUUCGUGGCCGUGGCCUUCACCUCCUCCCCCAAGGUCCGCCACGCCUGCCCCUUCUGGGCCGGCUUCUUCGUGGUGGUGUCGGGGCUGGUGGGCGUGGUCUCGUGGAGACGGCCACUAACGCUCGUGGUGUCGCUGUUCAUGCUGCUCUCGGCUGUGUGUGUGAUCCUCAGUCUGGCCGGUUCCAUCCUGUCUUGUCAGAACGCUCAGUUCGUCAAGUCCAUGGAAAAGUGUAACAUGGAUCUCCAGCCUGCCUCGACUGGGAGGAUGUGUGUCUGUGGAAUCGGAGACACUCUCAAGCUCUACCACUACAAGGACUGCUUCACCGUGCGCAUGGCACUCAAGGACCUGCUGUUCAGUGCCUGUGGUCUCAGUAUCCUCUCCACUGUUAUCUGCAGCCUCUCCACAGUGAUCUGCUGCAUUCACAUCUUCUCUCUGGACCUGCUUCACAUUAUGGUGCCUCACCGCUCACGCUCGGUCAACCCAGAAUGCACCACUCCGCAGGACGCCUUUCUGACCAACAUGAUGGACUUCGAGGAAUUCGUCCCACCAGUGCCCCCCCCCCCCUACUACCCUCCCGAGUACACCUGCAGCUCUGAGACCGACGCACAGAGUAUCACCUAUAAUGGAUCGAUGGAGAGUCCGGUCCCUCUCUACCCCACAGACUGCCCUCCUCCCUACGAGGCUGUGAUGGGACAGAGAGCCGGCAGCCAGGCCACCGUGUUCGAAGCCUGCAUAAACGAGCUGUCCUGUGAGAGGGUCACCUCCACGGUGUUCAGUGGAGAAGUCUCGAUGGACAGCGGCUCCCUCCUGAUGUCUGAGAUCAUGGACAUCCCGGAUGACAGCUCCCCCUCAGAGGACUCCUGUCUGCUGGGCGUGGGGGUGGGCGUGGGGGGGUCCCUGCGUUCCAUGUACAGACCGGAGCCCCAGCCUGGCUCCAGCCUGGCUGGCCGCUGUUACCGGGGAGAGAGAUCCAGCUCCUGCUCAUCCACUCCUCCCCCGCCCCCCCUUUUCAGCACGCAGUCCGCCAGCAGCUGCACCCGCCUGGAGCAGCUAGGGGGCGAUGGCGGGGGGGUGCCGGAGAUACAGGUGCGGCCCUGCACCCCGGCCCACCGCAUUUCCAAAGGCUCCUCCCUCGGCUCCCAGGGGUCCCAGCAGCAGCAGCGUCGCCACAGCGACCAGAGCCGGCCCCCCACCCCCGGCGUUCCGAACGGGGGUGUCCUUGUCCCCCCCACCCCGAGUCAUGUUCCCACACAGUCAGCGACCCCGGGCCAGCGCUGUCACGGGCAGUUUCAGCCCGUCUGCCCAGACGGCUUCCGGUCCGCCGCCCACCCCCUCAUGAGGUCACACAGCGACCCCGGGCUCAGCAGCUCCAGUGACACCGGGCAUUUCAGUGGCUCCCGUGGCAGUAAGGGACUCAGUGAUGAAGCCUCACAGACCUCUACUGACUCAGCUCCCUGCUCUGAAGCCUGCCUGCUCCCCCAUUCUCUCCUGGCUCCUCCCAGCCCGGUCUCCAGGAAGUGCUCUGGAAAGGGCAGGAAGCCACCCUCGCUGAAGUCCCUCCCCCCCGCGGCUCAGCUCCGCCUCUCGAAGGCGGGGACUCGCUCUCUCGGUGACCUCAAGGUGACCCGGGGGCUGGUGUCUCGGUUCCUGCAGCGCUCCAAACGCAACCUGACCGCCGGAGUGGAGCAUGCUGGGAGCAAGCGCAGACACGAGGGAGCCAACCCCGUCGACCAGGUCCUCCGGAGCUCCCGGCUGGUCACUAGGGGGCAGCGUCAGGAAGGGAUGCACCUGCAGAGCUGCGGAGACCUGAGCUCCUCCUCCUCUUCCUCGCUGCGGAGGCUGCUGUCGCCGGGCAGGUUAGAGCAGAGCCGCCCCAAGCACCGGCCUCAGAGUGUGAGCGGGCUGUACAAAGAGUCCUCGCUGUGAGGACCUGGAGGGGCACCUCAGAUCCAUCCCCCUCAACCUCGCUGAGCCCCCCAGCGCUGGCAAGACCACCCCAGGACUUUCCAGACUCAACCUGGACCGCCCCGAGCCAUAGAACUGAACUCCAUACCGGGUCACCCAGCCAGGACCCAGCCCCAGAGGCCAUGCUGUUCACUGGAGUGACUGCACAGCAUAGCGUUUGAUAUUUCAAGGAAAAGGAGUUUAUCACUGUGUUUAAAACAGGGGGCGGCUCUUCUUUAAUAUAAUCUCAUCAUGUUUUCAAUGCUUGCUUGUUUUAGGGUUAUCUGCUAGGCUAGUCCAUGUAUUUAUAACUGUGUAAAAGAGUGCUUCCAACCUCCUCUGCAGCCAAUAUUAUCUCCUCUCUCUCUCUCUCUCUCUCUCUCUCCCUCUUCCUCUCUUCUCCUCUCCCUCUCUC